AUGUCACUUCCAGUUAAAAUCGUCACGCCAGUCGGCAGUAUUGGUAUGGGUUUCGACCCCGCCAAACUGUACGAAGGGCUAAAGCUCGGCGCAACUGCCAUCAUUGCUGAUGCGGGAUCCACAGAUAGUGGCCCUCAGAAGCUUGCACUGGGUGUUACCAUGUGUCCUCAUGACGCGUAUGUGGAAGACUUUGAGCACAUUGUUGACGCCUGCUGGCAUCACAAAGUGAAGGUUCUGAUCAGCUCUGCAGGUGGUGACGGUUCGAACAAGCACGUGGAUGAAUUUGUUGAUAUCAUCGAAGAGCAUUGUCAGAAGAAGAACUAUCGCCUCAAGGUGACCAAGAUUUAUGCCGAGAUAGACAGAGACCUGAUAAAGAAGUCAAUUGACCAAGGCCUUAUCACUCCUUGCGGCUAUGUCCCAGCGCUUGAAAAGAAAGAAGUGGAUGCUGCAACAACUAUUGUGGCUCAGAUGGGCCUGGAGCCUUUUGUGGAAGCACUCAAGGAAAACCCUGAUGUUGACAUCAUCAUCGCCGGCCGGGCGUACGAUCCUGCUCCAUACGCAGGAUACUGUGUCGACCAAGGCAUUAAGAACCUCGGCACGGCGUAUCAUAUGGGCAAGGUGAUGGAAUGUGGUGCCCAUGCUGGAACGCCCAAGUCGAGAGAAGCAUUUGCGACCGUCUGGGAUGACCGCUUCGAGAUGCUGCCUCUCCAGGGUCAUGCGCGAUGCACAGCCUAUUCUUUGGCAUCACAUAGCCUUUACGAGAACGCGCGCGGCGACUAUCAUCCUGGUCCAGGGGGGGCCAUAGAUCUCACCAAAGCAUCGUUCUAUCCCACAGAAGGUCGAUCUGGUGGCUCGACUGGCGCGGUGUUCCAGGUCGCUGACACCUACACCGUGAAGUUGGAAGGAGCCAAAGUGACAGGAUAUCGAACCAUAACCCAAGGGAGCAUUCGAGAUCCAAUCCUGAUCUCGCAGUUAAACGACUGGUUGGCAGGUAUCGAGGCCUUCAUCAAGGAGAGGUUCAAGAAGAUCGAUUUCCAGAUUAUGUUCCGAAGCUACGGAUUGAAUGGUACCAUGGGCCCUCUUGAACCGGACCAUUCACAUGUUCCCAAGGAAAUCUUUUUACUCUGCGACGUUGUAGCCGAGACUCAGGAGCUUGCCGACAAGGUGGCAGCGUUAGCCCGUGUUGCCUGUGUUCAUGGCGCCUACCCUGGACAGGUAGCCACCGCGGGAAAUCUGGCCAUGCCCGUCACUCCAUUACACAUCCCGUUGGGUCAAAUAUCGGAGUUUAACAUUUAUCAUUUGCUGCCCGUGUCCGAUCCAGCUGCUCUCUUCCCUCGGCACGUGUCGAUUGUGGGUGUUGCUGAUGAUAGCACCGCCCCCAGGAACCUGGAAUUUGGCUACGACCUUCAAGCGGAGCCACCAUUAUUAUUGAUCCAGAAAGGACAGAACAGCGCAAGUAACGGCGAGCACAAAUCGACUGCCGGCCACACCGAGGCAGAUAGGACCAACGGAGCCAACGGAACUUCAGCUCAUAUUACCGAAGGAGAGGGGCCGAUCCCGCUGCUGAAGCUGGCAAAAGUCAUCCGCUCAAAGAACGCAGGGCCUUUCGAACUCACAUUUGACAUAAUUUUCAAUGAUGAACAAUGUUUCAAUUAUGCCCAAAAGAGUCCAGCGCUGGGAGAUGCCAAACUGGCCAAGUUGUACCACAUCACUGAGAUGGAAAUUCUGGCUUCGCAUUUCUUCAAGCCCGCGCUCGCCUUCAAGUUUACGAUCCCAAGACCAUGGAUAGCAGGAGGAUUCGGUGAGCGUGACGUGCAUUGCAGUCAACAACAUGCUCCCUUGCUCGACUUGGAAUUGUGA